CCGCCGCCGCCGCCGUUGCCGCUGCUGCUGGGGCUGCUGCUGGCGGCCGCGGGGCCCGGUGCGGCGCGGGCCAAGGAGACGGCUUUCGUGGAGGUGGUGCUGUUCGAGUCGAGCCCGAGCGGCGACUACACCACCUACACCACCGGCCUCACGGGCCGCUUCUCGCGGGCCGGGGCCACGCUCAGCGCGGAGGGCGAGAUCGUGCAGAUGCACCCACUGGGCCUGUGUAAUAACAAUGAUGAAGAAGACUUGUAUGAAUAUGGCUGGGUAGGAGUGGUGAAGCUGGAACAGCCAGAAUUGGACCCAAAACCAUGCCUCACUGUCCUGGGCAAGGCCAAGCGAGCUGUGCAGCGGGGAGCCACUGCGGUCAUCUUUGAUGUGUCUGAGAACCCAGAAGCUAUCGACCAGCUAAACCAGGGCUCGGAAGACCCACUUAAGAGGCCGGUGGUGUAUGUGAAGGGUGCAGAUGCCGUCAAGCUGAUGAACAUCGUCAACAAGCAGAAAGUGGCUCGAGCACGGAUUCAGCACCGCCCACCUAGACAACCCACUGAAUACUUCGACAUGGGGGUUUUCCUGGCUUUCUUCGUCGUGGUCUCCCUGGUCUGCCUCAUCCUCCUCGUCAAAAUCAAGCUGAAGCAGCGACGCAGCCAGAAUUCCAUGAACAGGCUGGCCGUGCAGGCCCUGGAGAAGAUGGAAACCAGAAAGUUCAACUCCAAGAGCAAGGGGCGCCGGGAGGGGAGCUGUGGAGCCCUGGACACACUCAGCAGCAGUUCCACGUCCGACUGCGCCAUCUGCCUCGAGAAGUACAUCGACGGAGAGGAGCUGCGGGUCAUCCCCUGUACCCACCGCUUUCACAGGAAGUGCGUGGACCCGUGGCUGCUGCAGCACCACACCUGCCCCCACUGUCGGCACAACAUCAUAGAACAAAAGGGAAACCCAAGCACCGUGUGCAUGGAGGCCGGCAACCUCCCGCGCAGCCGGCAGCAGAGGGUGAUCUUGCCAGUGCACUACCCCGGCCGCGUGCACAGGACCAACGCCAUCCCAGCCUACCCCACGAGGACAAGCAUGGACUCCCACGGGAACCCCGUCACCCUGCUGACCGUGGACCGGCACGGGGAGCAGAGCCUCUAUUCGCCACAGACCCCUACCUACAUCCGCGGCUACCCACCCCUCCACCUGGACCACACCCUGGGCCCUCACCGCUGCGGCCUGGAGCACCGCGCCUACUCACCAGCCCACCCCUUCCGCAGGCCCAAGUUCAGCAGCCGCAGCUUCUCCAAGGCAGCUUGCUUCUCCCAGUACGAGACCGUGUACCAGCACUACUACUUCCAGGGCCUCAGCUACCCCGAGCAGGAGGGCCCGGCGCCGCCCAGCCUCGCGCCCCGGGGCCCGGCCCGCACCUUCCCCCACGGUGGCAGCAGCAGCCUGCUCUUCCCCGUGGUGCCCAUGGCCCCACCCUCCCACCUGGAGAGCGGCAGCGCAUCCAGCUUCAGCUGCUACCACGGCCACCGCUCGGUGUGCAGCGGCUACCUGGCCGACUGCCCGGGCAGCGACAGCAGCAGCUCCGGCCAGUGCCGCUGCUCCUCCAGCGACUCCGUGGUGGACUGCACGGAGGCCAGCAACCAGGGAGUGUACGGCAGCUGCUCCACCUUCCGCAGCUCCCUCAGCAGCGACUACGACCCCUUCAUCUACCGCAGCCGGAGCCCCUGCCGCACCGGCGACGCGGGGGGCUCGGGCCGGGGGCCUGUCGUGUGCCUCGAGGGCGCCUCCCCGCCGGAGGAGCUCCCGGAGACCCACGGCCAAGGCGCCGGGCCGGGAGAGCCGUGGUCCGGCCCUGCCUGCCCCUCAGGGGACCAGCUGUCCGCCUGCAGCCUGGAGAUGAACUACAGCAGCAGCUCCUCCCUGGAGCACAGGGGGCCCAGUGGCUCUACCUCAGAAGUGGGGCCUGAGGCUUCUCCGAGGGCCGCCCUGGACCUCAGGAGGACCUGGAGGGGUGGCCGCGAGGGGCUGCCGUGCACCUUCUGCGAGCCGCCGCCGUCCGCACUGGAGCCCGGUGUGGGGGCCGCAGGGGGCAGCACCUUGUUCCCAGGCGCCCCGCUCUGUGAGGUCUGCGGCCCCGCGGGCGGGGAGGCACAGCCGGGGGGCUCCCAGGGCCUGUGCAGCCUUCACCCAGACCAUUUGCCCAGGACAGAUGGGGUGAAAUACGAGGACCUGCCCUGCUGCUUCUAUGAAGAAAAGCAGGUGGUCCGCAGUGGCGGUGGGGGCAGCGGCCGCCACACCGAGGACUGCUCUGUGAGUGUGCAGUACACACUCUCCCAGGAGCCCCUGCCCAGCUGCCCCCCAGGGCUCAGGGACCUGAGCCAGCGCAUCCCCAUCAUUCCUGAGGAUGUGGACUGUGAUGUGGGCCUGCCCUCGGACUGCCAGGGGACCCAUGGCCUCAGCCCUUGGGCUGGGACAUCGGGACCAGAUGCCCUGCGGCCCCACAGGGGCCUGGGGGUGGCCCAGAAAGAAGAGCAGGUUCUGUGCUGCCAGGCCGUGAUGCCACUGCCACCUGGCUGCCCUCUAGAGGAGGUGGGGUCUGCCAGGGCCAGCCUCCCCCGUGACCCCCAGGACACUCAGGAGUCCAGCGUCAGAGCCACCAAGGCUACAGGGCAGAGAUCUCGCCCCGCGGACGGUGGCCCGAGAGCCUGCGCUCAGAAGGAACUCUGACGUGGACAUGGGGACUGUACGGAGACUCCAAACUCUUCCUUCAAAAAAAAAUUUUUUUUAGCUUUGACAAACACUCUAAGUGGUAAUAAAGAGAGCCCUCCUCAACCCAAAAUGUGAGCCACCUGUGGCAACCUGCCCUCCCCCUCCAUUAACAAACCAACAGACAAAAUUCUGUGAGUCUUUUGCCUAUUUUGAUAACAUGUUACUCUGUUUUGUAAGGUGUGUGUGCUUGGGGUUCCGAGGUGUGUGGGAUUGAGUUCUCUGCUCUGUUUUUUAAGAUAUUAUAUGAAAUGUAAAAAGUUAUUUAAAUAUAUAUUUUAAAGAACCCUAA